CUGUUUCAUCCUAGUUUAUACUCUUUUUUUAAGAUCUUAAAGGAUAUUAAAUUCCCACUUAAUCUCGAUCUCUACGAAUUUUGCACCCCUGAACUUCAAAAAAAACUUUUGCCUAUGCGGGAGAAAAUUAGACUACAAGAUGAACACUCCGCUAAUAAAGGGAAAAACUCCACCAAAGGAUCUUUAGAAAAAAUGGAAGCUGAGGUGGAGGCAAAAGACGUGGAGCCAUAUUGGUUUGCAGAUGAUUUGGGGUCCAACAACUCUGGUACGUAUAAUUUGCUGGGUGUCUUGACCCAUCAAGGUAGAUCAAGUUCCAGUGGUCACUAUGUUGCGUGGGUUAAAAGAAAAGGAAUCUGGCUAAAGUUUGACGACGAUGAAGUUAGCCAAGUAACAUCCGACGACAUACUUCGCCUUUCUGGAGGUGCUGAUUGGCAUUGUGCUUAUGUGCUUCUGUAUGGGCCGAAACUCGUUCGAGCUGCUAGUCACUCUGAAAAUCAGCUUCCUCCCAAAAGCUCUUCCGCUUAUUCACUCAAUGAGAAGUCAAUACGAGGAGACAAGUAG